AGAGUGUUUUUUGAUAUUUUGUUAGGAAAAAAAAGAGAUUUAUUUCCUUUUAUACUGAUAUUGUUCAAGUUAAAAGGAUUUCAAGUAAAGACGGAUUUCUUUUAUCAAUAUUUUCUUAGAAAUCAGGUAUAUGAUAAAACUACCUGUACAUGUAGUCAUGCUUACAACAUUCAAAAAGAAGGGCACAAGAUGAAAUUCUGAAUUAUGACUAACUAAUUAACAUUUUCAGUCUUCUUUUAAGCAGGUAUUCUGAGUAGGAUGUUGAAAUGGGAAAUUGUUUAAAAUGCCAUCGAGUUCAUGACUAUUCAGAAGCCAGUUUUCCAACCGAAAACAUGCGUUCGGAACUGUUCUUAUCGGAGGGAAGUUUGGUGAGCUGUGGUUCAAAUUGUUCCCAAAGUACUGUAAAUGAACCAUCAAUGUUUUCUUUUAAAAGUGGGAUAAAAACCAAUAAUGUGUACUUCGAAAAUGACGUAUGUAUUAUUUGUUUAGAUAAGUACGAUGACCAAGUACACAAUCCAUUGAUUUUGCCUUGUGGACACAUGUUCUGUGCAGUUUGUAUUAGAAUGAUGGCUAAGAAAAGACGAUUCAAAUCGGUCAGAUGUCCAGUGGAUAGAGAGAAACAUCAUAUAACAAAAGAUGUUUCUUGCGCAGACACCUCUUUACGGACUUUUGAUACAGAAGCACAAACAUUACAUAUGAGUGACAUCCUUUCAUUCAGAGAUAUUGAUUCAUCAUUAAAUGACCAGCAAAUACAAUGGAACCAACAUACAAUAGAAUAUUUGGAUUCAUGGUAUGCCCAUGGCUUACAACAAUCACAAGAACUGUCAUCAUGGGAACCAAAUGAGCACCAUACGCUGUUUAGUUAUUGGGAAAGAUAAAUAUUCAGAACAACCAGAAUCGUAGAGUAGCAUUGGUGUUGUUCAACAAUCAUUAAGAGCAGUUUCAGUGCUUAAAACAAACAUACAAAUAAUAGUCAUUUUGCUUAUAUCUACCUCUAUUUUCAUGAUAUUUCCAUCAUUGUAUGAACAUUUUUUUUUCUCCUACAACAUUUACCUACGAAUAUCAUAGAAUGAUCCAUGUAAUAUUUUCUAUUUAUUCUGAGUCACUUUUGUAUCUCACUUAAAUGGAAUGAGAAUGUACGUGCAUUCCUUUUUCAAGCGAUAUCUAACAAGUUGCUAAACCCAAAUGUUCAGCUGUGGGAUGGAGAGAAGAUUUCAAAAAUGAAUAUUCAGUCUUGAUAAGAACUGAAACAAAAUUACCAUGCCCAAAAUUCAGUUUUCUCAAAAUAUUUUCCCCCAGGUGGUCCUAAAAGAAAAUCUACAGGUCUUCACUGUCAUUUUUAUUGCAAAGAAAAACAAAAAAUGUGUUGGUCUAUUGCAAAAUUUGGUGGGGAAAAUCUUCGGUUCACCACUUUCCAAGAACUUUGCCAAAACAUCAUGAAAAUGUAUAUCUUGUACACCAAAAUGCAGGAAAUGUGUGUCUCCCAAAAGGUGAAAACAAAUAUUCAGUCAGAAAAAACUCAACUUGAACGUGUCCCGAUUUAUCGUGUCACUUAUUCUGAUAGUCAGUGAUAUGAGGCUUUGGUGUGCUUUCUCAUUUUCACAAUCUCAGUGAUCCCUUAACACCGAACAGACUUAAAAAUCAAUUGCAAACUGUUGUUUUUAUUUGUUAUCUCAUAUUGACUGCUUAAGUUAAAAUAAAAUGUAAUAAUAGAACAAGUUUUAUUUUAUUAUUGUAUCGCAUAUUGAUAACUUACAUAAUACAAUAACAUAAUAAAAAAAGGACAUUAAAACAAGCAAUACCCAGCCAUUGAGACA